AUGGUGACCUCAUCACUGCCGACGCUGCCGGCUUCCACGGCCGACCUUACCCUCUGGAUCGAGUACCUCCGCGUCCAGCUGCAGCUCUUCGUCCUCCAAACCGACCUCUACCUCUUUCAGCUCUUCCCCGUCCUCCGUUCCUCUGCCAUUCGCUCCCCCUCCAGCCUCAUCUUCACCGGCUUCAUCGUGUUCAUCAUCUCCCGCAUCGGAUCGGCACUCGCUGCCUACCUUGCGGAACAGGGUGUAUCGAUCAGCAUCCCUCCUCCCCCCCAGGCGCAACCAGGAUGGACCUCGACCAUUCUCGACAAACCGCACAUCCGGGACCCAGCCAAACCAUUCAAGAUCAUCUGCUACGACCCUGCGACCGGCUACCUCAUCGACGAGAUUGAUGCGGACACGCCGAUCACCAUCGCGUCCAAGAUUUCGGCGGCCAAAGCUGCGCAGACCAAGUGGGCAACUUCCACCUGGGGGCAACGACGAAAGUUUCUGCGUACGAUGCAGAAAUGGGUGGUCACCGACGCGGAGACCAUCGCUCGUGUCGCCGCUCGCGACACCGGCAAAACCGCCAUCGACGCCGCUUUCGGCGAACUCCUCACCACCUGCUCCAAGCUCGAUUGGACGAUCAAAAAUGGCGAAAAAGUGCUCAAGACCGAAACACGCCCAAACAACCUCUUGCUCAUGCACAAGAUCUGUCAGGUUCGACACGAACCCAUGGGCGUCACCGUCGCUUGCGUCAGCUGGAACUAUUCAGCCCACAACGUGAUGGGGCCGAUUAUCGCGAGUGUGUUUGCGGGCAAUGCGAUCGUCGUCAAGGCAAGCGAACUGGUUGCUUGGUCCGCGACUUAUUUCGUCGAUUGCAUCAGGAAAUGUUUGGAGGUAAGCGGUGGUGAUCCGGAAUUGGUGCAGAUUGUGACGUGCUGGCCGGACGCAGCCGAGGCGUUGACGCAGAGUGCCGAGAUCGCGCACAUUACGUUUAUCGGAAGCGAGCAGGUGGGAAGGAUGGUCGCCCAGGCUGCGACGAAGGAGUUGACACCCGUGGUGCUGGAGUUGGGAGGCAAGGAUCCGGCGAUUGUGCUCAAGGAUGCCGAUCUCAAGUUUUUCGGCUCGACAUUCAUGCGCAGUUGCUUCCAGGGUGCCGGGCAGAACUGCAUUGGGAUUGAGCGAUUUAUCGUUGAUGAGACGAUUGUCGGGAGGUUGGUGGCGAUGGUGGAGGAGAGGGUAAGAGGGUUGAAGUUGGGUAGCUUCAUGGAUGAUGCACCCUUUGGCACUUCUUCUACCGCCAAAGGGGAGCAGGUGGAUAUGGGAGCCAUGAUCACGGAUGCCCGUUUCGAUCGUCUGGAAGAACUCAUCAACGAUGCCGUCAAGAAUGGUGCCAAGCUCCUCGUUGGCGGCAAACGAUUUCACCACCCUCGAUGGACCAAAGGGCACUACUUCACCCCCACCCUCCUCACCAACGUGACAUCCGACAUGGCGAUCGCACAGGAAGAGCUGUUCGCACCCAUCUUCCUCAUCCUCCCCUUUGCCAGCAACUCGCUCGAUGCGGCCAUCACCAUCGCCAACUCCACCCGCUACGGCCUGGGAAGCAGCAUCUUCGGCUCAACUCUCUCGCAGUGCACGUACAUCAGCGAGCGGCUUCACGCAGGGAUGGUCAACAUCAAUGACUUUGGGGUGAGCUAUCUUAAUCAGGGCCUGCCGUUUGGAGGGGUCAAGAAGAGUGGCUAUGGCAGGUUCGCCGGCAGGGAAGGGCUGUUGGGCGUGACGCAGGCCAAGGCGGUGACGAGGGAUAGGAUGUUCGCGUGGGUCAGGACGGGUAUCCCCGGCAGACUGGAUUAUCCCAUGGUCCGGCCCGAGAAGAGUUGGGGCUUCGUAAGAGGUUUGGUCGGCAUGGCGUAUGGCGAGGGAGUCGGAAGGAUCAAGGGGAUCUUCGAUCUUAUCGUGCAUGGCUAG